AUGGAGACUCAUGUUGACGCUUCUAAGGUGUCGGAUGUGUGUAGAAAGGUGUGUAACUCUUGGAGUUGGCCCUCUAACGCGGUGUGUUGCUCUAAGGGAACGCGUAUAAUGGUGGGAUGGGAUGCUAACUUAGUGGAUGUUAUGAUGUUAUCUCAGUCUGAUCAAGUGAUGCAUACCCAGGUUGUUUUUAAACUUGACCAAAAAACGCUGUUUUGUUCUUUUGUGUUUGCUGAUAAUCAUUACAAGAAUAGACGUUUAUUAUGGAGCAAUUUGUGCAUUCACCACUCGUUUAUGAAGGAUAAUCCGUGGGUUGUUAUGGGCGACUUUAACUCUUCCUUAUUUCUUGAAGAUUCGCUAGCGAGUACAUCUUCAAGUAGUAUAGGGAUGAGAGAUUUUAAGGAGUGUGUUAACAAGAUAGAGGUGUUCGAUAUAAAUAGUUCAGGGCUGCAUUAUACGUGGACGAAUAAACAGAAGCAAGGGGCUGUCUUCAAGAAGAUCGAUAGAAUACUUGGUAAUAACUCUUUUAUUGACCAUUUCCCUACGGCUGCGGCUUCGUUUCAUCCGUACCGUAUCUCGGAUCACUCACCGUGUAUUCUGGGUUUGCCGAAUGUCACUAAGGAGAAGCCAAAACCAUUUAAAUUUGUAAACCUUCUGGUGAACAAGAAAGGGUUUUCGGAUGAAGUUAAACGUGUGUCGGACACUCAAGUUCAAGGGUUUAUGAUGUACCAAGUUGUUCAGAAACUUAAAGCUCUUAAAAGGCCGAUGAGGAAGCUCUUUAAACAACAAGGUAAUCUACAUGAGAAGGUUAAAGUUGCCCGGAAAAAUCUGGAUGAUUGUCAACGUGCAUUAGAUGCUGAUCCUACUAGGCUGGAGCUGAAAAAUCAACACGCUACGUUUGUCAGCAUGUACAUGGAAGCGGUUAAGGAUGAAGCUUUAUUUAUGCAACAGAAAUCGAAGGUGGAUUAG